UUCCAACUCGUCGCGUACAAAAUUCAGUCGUCCGACAACUAGCUUACAAAGCAGAUCUACGCAUAGACCAGAACGGUGUAACAAACGGUAAAACAGGUGCGAAAUGAAAUCAUUAACAAUAUUAAGCCUCGCUUUGUGCUUAUUUGCGUCAACGCAAGCCGAGUCCUACGUACCCAACUCGGCGGAUCCAAAUAAUCCGGGUCAUUGCUACCACAAGGAGCUGCAGCUCCCCAUCAAACUGAAUGAGACCAUCAAACCGACCAAUGUAGACUUGUGCGCCGAGUUGACCUGUCAGGAGGAGGGACUCAUACGUGUCGGCCAGUGUCCACGCGUGCAGCCCAACUGCAAAGACUUUCAGUAUCAGCCAACCGAUUUUACCAAACCCUAUCCGGAUUGUUGUGAACGUUACAAGUGCAAUAAAUAGUUGAUAACAUUAAA